UCUCCACUCGUGUUCUUCAAAAGAAGGGAAGGCAAGAUGAAGAGCUCUUUGUUGCUGUGCGUGGCCUUGGCCGUCUCCUUGGCAUUCGUCCUCGUGGCAGGUUAUCCACAGGACUCGGAGGACGAGGAGUAUGUGCUGGUCAAUAACAAGUGUCAGUGCGUAACAGUGACCUCGAAGUUCGUCCCUUCCGAAGAAAACCCUCAUGAACAAAUCCUGCAGAGAAACAUACGCAUCCUAGUCCCUCUGAAAGCUCGAGAGAACAUCUCUGAUCCCAUGUCCCCACUCAGAACCACUUUUGUCUACCGCAUGACUGAACUCUGCAAAAAAUGUGAUCCUGUAGAAAUUGAGCUGGGUGGUGAGAUAUACCAGGCCCAGCAGAGCACCUCCUGCAACGAACCCGAAACCUGCUAUACCUACAACAGGGACAAGUGCUACACCACAACCUUCCCGUUCCUCCACCGCGGGGAGAUGAAACAAGUUCAAGCAGUUCUGACGCCAGCAUCCUGCUACGCUGAUUAG